CAUCCUUCCUCUCGUUUCAUGUACCACAAACACACGUAACCCUUUUGCUACAUUCAACCUAUUGUUUUCACUCAUAUGGCAACUUCUAAGCCUUUGAUUGCUUCACUUUUUCUCUCACUUCUUCUUCUUCUUCAUCUUGUGGAAGCUGAUAUGAUGAGUAAUCAUUUGUAUAAUCAUGAUGAUGAUUUUUCAGACUGUGGUGGAGCAUGCACUGCGAGGUGCCGUUUAUCCUCCAGGCCACGACUCUGCAAGAGAGCUUGUGGAACCUGUUGUGCACGUUGCAAUUGUGUUCCUCCAGGAACUGCAGGUAACUACGAGGUCUGCCCCUGCUACGCCAGCUUGACCACCCACGGCGGCAGACGCAAGUGCCCUUGAAACAACCCACCUUUUAUGCUGUCUCUCCUGCAUGCCACUGCUUGUGGCAGUAA